GGCUCGGCCGGCGGGGAGAGCCUGCCCCUCCGGGCCGAAGCUGUGCCGUGCAAAAAGUUGCGGCGGCUGGAGAGCCAGCUGGGCGGUGCAGCGAGCAGGAGAGCGUGCUGCGGUACCUGGUAAAUCCGGUGGCUUCAGAGAAGAGCAGCCCAGUAACUCAGUACUUCCUUCUACCGAUAAGAUCUUCGCCUGCGCUCGUCACGGGUGGCGGCUGCCGCUGCCGCGCUUGGAUAGGUUUGAAGCUCCUCCCGAGAUGAGGCAGGGAGCGGGAGAGCAGCGAGGCGGGCGGCGGCGAUGAGCGGGGCCGUGCUGCUCUUCCCGGCCCCCUCCAUCCCGCGUAGCCCCGCGCCUUGCGUUGCUGGCGGAGCCGGCUGGGCGGCGGAGCCGCGGCUGGCGCCGACAUGGGAACCUUAGGGAAAAGGAGAGAAAAGCGGCAACCUUCCCAAGCAUGCAGCGCUGCCCCUGAAUCAGCACUUGAGCUGAAGCAGAUCAGUCACUGUCCCAGCCUCUCAAAUCUUACACAGGUCACGAUGGUGCCAUUGGGGCACUUAGCCAAAGGGGCCACUUUGGAAGAUCUUCUUGAAACCUGCAUUCAGUCUUUUGAUUUAGAAGGAAAUGCAUAUCAAAACAACCAGCUGCUAAAGAUAAUUCUGGCCAUGCAUCAGUUUGUCAUCUCUUCUGCAGACAUGCUCCAGAAACUCAUUGAUCUCUAUCUUACUGCUUUAGAAAAUAAAUCUUCCAUGCUAUGUGUAAAGAUAUGUUAUUUUGUGAGGUAUUGGAUUACAGAGUUCUGGGUUAUGUUCAAAAUGGACUCUAAACUAUCCACAACUAUGGAGGAAUUUCAAGAACUGGUUAAAGCUAAUGGUGAGGAGUUACACUGUCGUCUGAUUGACACAACUCAAAUCAAUUCUAGAGAUUGGUCUAGAAAGUUGACACAGCGUGUAAAGGCCAACACCAGUAAGAAGCGGAAAGUCUCGCUUCUUUUUGAUCACCUUGAGCCAGAGGAACUGUCAGACCACCUUACCUAUCUUGAAUUUAAGUCUUUCAGAAGAAUAUCAUUCUCAGAUUAUCAGAACUACAUUGUGAAUAGUUGUGUGAAGGAGAAUCCAACAAUGGAAAGAUCAAUUGCUCUUUGCAAUGGUAUCUCUCAAUGGGUGCAGCUGAUGGUUCUCAGCAGACCAACACCACAGCUUCGGGCUGAAGUGUUCAUCAAGUUCAUUCAUGUUGCACAGAAGCUCCACCAGUUGCAGAAUUUCAAUACGUUAAUGGCAGUGAUAGGAGGUCUUUGUCACAGUUCUAUUUCCAGACUCAAGGAAACAAGCUCAUGUGUUCCUCAUGAUGUAAUUAAGGUGUUUAAUGAAAUGACAGAACUGCUAUCGUCGUACAGAAAUUAUGAUAGUUACCGACGUGCCUAUAAUGAGUGCAGUAACUUUAAGAUCCCAAUCCUUGGAGUCCACCUGAAAGACUUGAUAUCACUUUAUGAGGGCAUGCCAGACUACUUGGAUAACAAAAAAAUUAACAUAAACAAACUAUAUUCUCUGUAUAACCACAUAAAUGAGCUGAUAAAACUCCAGGAAAUGCCACUUCCCCUGGAGGCUAAUAUGGACCUUGUUCAUUUGCUUACACUGUCCCUUGAUCUUUACUACACAGAAGAUGAGAUUUAUGAGCUUUCAUAUGCCCGGGAGCCACGAAGUCACCGAGCUGCUCCUUUGACACCUUCCAGACCACCAGUAGUUGCAGACUGGGCCUCAGGAGUGGCCCCAAAACCUGACCCCAAAACCAUCAGCAAACAUGUUCAGAGGAUGGUAGAUUCUGUCUUCAAAAAUUAUGACCAUGAUCAAGACGGAUACAUUUCCCAGGAAGAAUUUGAAAAGAUAGCUGCCAGUUUUCCAUUCUCAUUUUGUGUAAUGGCUAAGGACUGGGAAGGUCUGAUUAGCAGGGAUGAAAUAACAGCUUACUUUAUGAGGGCUAGCUCAAUCUAUUCCAAAUUAGGACUUGGCUUUGCUCACAACUUCCAAGAGACUACAUACUUGAGGCCUACUUUUUGCGACAACUGUGCUGGAUUUCUAUGGGGAGUCAUUAAACAAGGAUACAGAUGCAAAGACUGUGGAAUGAACUGUCACAAGCAAUGCAAAGACUUGGUUGUGAUAGAGUGCAAGAAAAGACCCAAAACAUCCAUUGCAGACAGCAGCCCAACAACUGCUCUUGCUUCAAGCCUCUGCCCAAUAGGCGUCAAAGAGCCAUUUCAUGGACAAGAAGAAGGACCAUUCACAUUUCCUAAUGGAGAAGUAGCGGAACACAAUGAAGAGAGCAAGGACAGAACCAUUAUGCUCAUGGGUUCCUCAGCUCAGAAAAUCUCAGUGAGACUGAAACCCGCUGUGGUUCAUAAAGGUACACAGACUGAUCCUAUACUGCUGGCUGGUGAUGUAUCUCGUAGGCAGUCAGAGAAGAAAGACCAUAAGAUGCCAGAAAAUCCUUAUCUCCAGACAGCUCCACCAUCCCCAUGUCCCAGCCCAAUUCUAGGCCGCAGAAAGGCAUAUGUUAAAUGGGAAAACAAGGACUGCAAACAGAAGAUGAAGGAGGAGCAUCACAGCUGCAAACCCUCAUACCAAGAACUGGAGCAGGAAAGAAAUAGCCUGAAGGCAGACAAUGAAGGCUUAAAGAUCCAACUGGAACAAGCACAUAAAACAAUUGAAUCUCUCACAAUCCAGAGAAGAAACCACGUGGUCGACCACCGACAACACCAAGACUGCUCCUAGCAGGCAAGAGAGGAAAUCUCCCAUGGAAGACUGAAGGAGGGGUUGUCAUAAAGCUGCUUUACCGAGUGAAUCUGAGAGAGAGUCUGAAGUACGUCGAACAGAAAUAUUCUCUUUACUCAAGAUUCCAUAUUAAAUACAAACUCCUAAGUGUAUUCAUCUAUUCCUUUGACUUUUCAAGGUAAUUUAGCAUUAUCUCUGCAAUGAAACUAGUAUCUUCCGAGUUUGCUUUUAAAAGGACAGACACUGUUGCUGAAGUUUCUGUUCAUGAUAAAGACCCAGCAGAUUCCCCAGUGACUUGGCUUCCAGCAGCACACCUUACCCCAUAAGUGUUCUGACAAAGUAACUAUACAUAAGACUCUGUUGCCUCAGAUUUUUCCCAAAUUGAGGCUACUGUUUAACUACUGAAAUAUUCCAGUAAUAUUCCUUCUCAUUCUGGCUGAAAACAAUUAAAGUCCUGAACUGUCAUCUCUAUUUACAAAGUUUAACAAUAAUAUUAAAAUGAGUAGUUUAUACAAUCACAGAAUGGUAGGGGUUUGAAGGGACCUUUGGAGAUGAUCCAGUCCAACCCCUCUGCAGAAGCAGGUCCAUCUAGAUCAAGUCACACAGGAACAUGUCCAGGCGGGUUUUGAAAACUUCCAGAGAAGGAGACUCUGUGCCAGGGCUCCCUCACCUGAGCAGAAGUAUUUUCUUAUGUUUCAGUGGAACUUGGUGUUCCAGCUUAAUCCCAUUACCUCUUGUCCUGUCACUAGACACAAGUUAAAUUAAUGCUAUUUGAAUAUCUUAACCAAGCCUAACCAAGGUUUUUUUAAACCCAUCUCAGAGCUUUACAAGUCCUGCUGCUCAAAUGCUUACCUUUGUUAAGGUAAAAAUUGAUGAGCCUGGGGAGAAGUGACAUUGAAUACUGCUUCCACUGUUCUCAUUCCAUGCCACAGCUUGGAACACUCAGCCCUACCUACUUGGCUUAAAGGAUAACUUGUUGUCUACAUACAGUACAUAUGGGACAAGGCUGAUUAUUUUUCCCUCAGGUCAGACUGAAUGCUGUUGUUGAGUAGAACCUUGAGGGCCAUAUUAGGAGGGUAAUACAGUAAUUCCUGUGUGACAGUUACUGUAUUCCAGAGUUAACAUCUGUUUGAACCAAGGUCUCUCCAUUUUCUUUCUCCUAGAUUUCACAUGCACUUUAGGUAAAGAGUCAAAUGGAGUGUGCUCUUAUGUGUGUAAAUUUUGUACAGCAAAAGGUGUUACAGCAGUAAUGUGGUUUUCUUCAAGCUACAAAGUGUACAUAUUGUCAAGAAAUAAAUCUUUCAAGUUACUGAUAAAUGAAAUGUACUUGUCAGAACAGCCAAUUUGAAAACUGCAUUUGCAUUCCAAGAGAAUCUGUGUAUUUACAGCUGUAUAAAACUUGCUUGUGUUUAUCCCCCCCAGGGUUUGUCAUCACACAUCUGAACACCAGAAACUUAUGACUUGGAUAUAUUUAUCUAGAAAGUCCACUUAAUGCUCCUCAAACUUGUACAUCACAAGUCCAUUAGCAAUUGAAAUUUAGUCAGCCUAUUUCAAGAGCAUGUGUGCUUUGUCUUCAAAGUGGUGUAAAUGUACUUUCCAUCCACUAUUUAAAAUUAUUAUCAAGUAUAGGAAUGCUUUAUCUAUAAAAAGAAGUCCAUUUGAAGCUACUUAGCAGUCUAGUGACUUGUUUUGAACUUGGAUUGUGCUUGCAUCUUCAUGUACAAGUAAAAUCAAAUGGAGGGAAAUAGCAGCACUAGUAGGUCUUCUGUUACCUUACUGUAAACACCUGAAAGGCAAAGGCCAGGAGCCAGGAGCUGUGAAGAUAAUGCAGCUUUUUUACCUCAUACACUAAACCUGAAAUAUUAACAACUAACAUGGAAUUGCACUUUGAUCAAAGAAACAAUCUCAGUGGAUUUCAGGUCAUGUUUGUGAACUUGCUUUGCCUAUUUUCUGUAAGCUUCUUACUUCAAGGAACUACAGCAAUAGGAGCUAUAGCAUAUUUUUAACAGAUAUUUAGUGAAUAAAAUGUUUCUGCAACAAUUAAAACAAACGAGAUAAAAGUUGUAUAUAUUUUCACAUAUUUUGAAGAUACACCAAAAGAGAAGCUAGGACCAAUAAAUCUUGUGCAGCUAAGAGAACUGCUUGCUUGUUGUCUAAGCUCUGGAUUCUAACAGAAUUUGUGUAUACGCAUAUACUUUGUGCUGCAGGCUGAAGGUUGAGAACAAACCCUUACUGAAAAAGAAAAUGCCCUAGCAUCAGCAGCUGGCCCAAGGCUACUGUUACUAGGUUAAGAGUUCAAAGUUACGACCCUAGAUUUGUACAGCCUUAAGUGCUAACUUAGUGUUUCUCUCUGUUGCCUUUUUGCUCUACAAUGUGAAAUCACUUAGAAGAGAUCUGUUUGCAGGAAUGUCUUACAGAACAAACCUGUGGUGCUUCAAGAAGUCAGUUGAUACCUGGAAAACUUCAGACCUCUCAAAAGUACCUUCAGCUUCUGUUUCCCAAAGCUUCUUACAGUUUUUUGUUUGUUUUGGUUUUUAUUCUUUUUAUUCUUUUCAAAUGGUUUUAGUCCCUUCUUAAUUCUUUUGGGACUUCCCUUUUGUUGCAUGCAAGACUAAUGGCAGAAACUGACCACAGUGAUACUGCUAAAACUGACAAAGCUACUGACAAAAAUCAGUUACAUCAUAUUAAUUAUCUCCAAGCUGCUUUAUGCUAGGAAAAAACAUACCAUUAAAGUACCAAGUGCAGUUUAAAAGCUAUGUUAGCAAACAUGGAUAUUGAAGUUUAUCAUGUCAGAGCUAGUUUAAAAGAAAAGCACUCACCUUAAUUCCUUCUCCAGGCUCAGCUGUGUUUCUGUGUACUUAGAAGAAGGAAAAAAACAAAUGUGUGCGCCUCAACGCCCCCUUUGUUUUUUAAGGGUGAGUUCUGAUCAUUUAAAGAUAAAAGUAAAUAGGUUGUGAUAUUACUCAUUAACAAGGCAGAGCUAUUGUUCAUAUUCAGGUUAAACCCAACUGCCUUUAAAGUAGCCCACUUAUGGUUUUGGAAAUACGUUUUUGUUUCAGUAGCAAUCUUGUUAUUU